AUGAACUUCUCCAAGACCACCACUGUCAGCCCCUCUAUCUGGAACCUUAUGGUUAAUUCCAGCGAAGGUGUCUACUCCCUGAACAUCACCGAAGCUCCACCAACUCGCACGAAAGCCAAAGUCUGUGAGCAGCUCACCAUCACCCCUGAGGUGUUCCUCAUCCUGGGCAUCAUCAGCUUGUUGGAGAACAUCCUGGUCAUCUGUGCCAUAGUGAAGAACAAGAACCUGCACUCGCCCAUGUACUUCUUUGUGUGUAGUCUUGCAGUGGCGGACAUGUUGGUGAGCGUGUCGAAUGCGUGGGAGACCAUUGUCAUCUACCUGCUCAGCAAUCAACAGCUGGUGGCGGAAGAUCACAUCAUUAGACAAAUAGACAACGUCUUCGACUCCAUGAUCUGCAUCUCCGUGGUGGCGUCCAUGUGCAGCCUCCUGGCCAUUGCCGUAGAUCGCUACAUCACCACUUUUUACGCGCUGCGCUACCACAACAUCAUGACUGUGAAGCGUGCGUCACUCAUCAUCACCGGGAUUUGGACAUUUUGUACGGGAUGCGGCAUCGUCUUCAUCAUCUACUCCGACAGCACGCUCGUCAUCGUGUGCCUGGUGUCCAUGUUCUUCAUCAUGCUGGCACUCAUGGCCUCACUGUACACCCACAUGUUCAUGUUGGCUCGAUCACAUGUCAAACGCAUCGCCGCUCUGCCCGGAUACAACUCCAUCCACCAGAGGACUAACAUGAAAGCAGCCGUCACGCUCACCAUCCUGCUGGGGAUCUUCAUCGUGUGCUGGGCUCCCUUCUUCCUCCACCUCAUCCUCAUGAUCUCCUGCCCAAGGAACCUGUACUGCAUGUGUUUCAUGUCCCACUUCAACAUGUACCUCAUCCUGAUCAUGUGUAACUCCGUCAUCGACCCACUCAUCUACGCCUUCAGGAGUCAGGAGAUGCGCAAGACGCUCAAGGAGCUCAUCUGCUGCUACAGCCUGAGGAACGUCUUAAGAUGGUCGAAUUGAAUCCAGAUCCAGAUGUGUGUGUGUCAUUUUACAUUUAUUUUAG